AUGAGUGUGAUUUUGAACCUAUGGACUUGCUCUGCUGCUGUCCUAACCUGCUCUGUAAUUCUGAAUUUGUAUAGUGACGAAAUGCCUUACUAUUUGCUUGAACUUCCUUACCUAUUUAACCUCUUCGCUGAUAGAGCUGAAGCUAGUCUUGAGAGAAAAACUCCUUCUUCUAAAAAACUUUAAUUUCUAUCUGUCCUGAUUUUCAGGCUAACUAAACCUAUUGUCUUUUAAGUUUACUUUAAAGAAUUUAAUAUUGUUUAAUUGUAUGAAAGUGUUGUAGAUGUGACUAUCUUCGCAUCUUUUUUUUACAUGAUCCCCUUUAAGUAUUGGUAAUAAUUGCGAAAUCAUCGUUUCAGUGGCAACAUCAUCAAUACACUUGAUGCUUUUGGUUCCGCUGAAGUUAUGAUAUAUUUGGUUUAAAGCACCUUGAAAAGUGCUUCUUUUUCCCAAUAUAUUUUAAUUGUGACGAUUUCGAAUUUAAUCGAAUCAAUAAUUUCAUGGGUAAUGUACAAAAACGAAGGUAGUGAGGAAUCACUCCAGAAUUUUUUGCAAUCAAUUUAACAGACUAUUUUUAUUGAGUUGAAAUGUUGUUUUAUGAAUAUUUUGUGCUUUGCUCUACUUCAUUCUUCAACUCAAAUUUCAAAUAUUAUGUAUAACUUAAUCUACUCUAAAAGUUAGUUCAGCAGAAACAUAAAAUUGCUAGAGUAUUUUACUAAUUUUAUUUAUGUAGAGGAUUCAAUUAAGUCCUUCAAUAUCUCUUCUUCUACUUCUUCUAUUUCUCUUAAUAGUAAUCUAAGUUAAUAAGAAUCUAAAUCAACUGUAUCUAUUCCUUCAAACAACUUAUAAUAAAUUGAAUUAAAGUAACCUCAAAAAGAUUUUUAAUUAGUAGAACAAUUAAAUCUAAAAAAUACAGAACUCUUUUUAAAACAUUCUUUCAAUAACUAUCCAUACAACAAAAGCCAUGAAAGAUUUAAAUAAAAAGCGAAGCACCACCACCACCAUCAUUUUUAACACAAAUGA